AUGUUCUUUGUCUCUGUUCUGCUCUCCUUCGGUCUUGACUAUUAUUCUCUGAGAGAUGAUAUGUGUAAAGUCAACCUCGCCGCGGUAGUGCUACUGUUAGGAGUGGUGUCUGCAGGACAGCCAACCGCUCCUGACCCGUAUGAGGCGCCACUCAGGGAUCUAACGUUCGGCCAGCUCAAUUUCCUCCACACAACAGAUACCCAUGGCUGGCACGCCGGACAUUUGCUGGAGAAGUCAUACAGCGCUGACUGGGGCGACUAUGUGGAUUUUGCCGAUCGCUUAAGGGAGCGUCUGGAGGACGAUGCCAAGGAUCUACUCCUCAUCGAUACUGGUGAUCGGAUAGAGGGCAACGGUCUAUACGAUGCUUCAUCUCCUAGGGGCAAGUACACAUUUGACAUCUUCAAGGAGCAGCAGAUAGACCUGAUAUGUUCAGGUAACCAUGAGCUGUAUAAAGCGUCGUCCGCCCUCGACGAGCAUCAUAUCACUGUUCCAGAUUUCAAUGAUGCCUAUUUGGCUUCCAAUCUGGAUAUCCUGGAUCCCGAGACAGGUGCCUUCGUGCCGCUGGCAGCUAAAUGGAAGAAGUUCGCCACAAAGAAGCAGGGCAUUCGAGUCAUGUCCUUCGGGUUUAUCUACGAUUUCACACGAAACUCCAACAAUACCCGUGUUCAACCCGUUGAGGACACCCUGAGGGAGACCUGGUUUCAGGACGCUAUCCGUGAUGAAGAGGUUGACCUGUUCAUCGUCAUUGGCCACGCCGCAGUCCGGUCAGACGAGUUCAGCGCCAUCUAUAAAGAGAUCCGGUCCGCACGUUGGGAUACACCCAUCCAAUUCUUUGGCGGCCAUUUUCAUAUCCGCGACUACAAGAAAUUCGAUGCUGCUGCCUACGGUCUAGCUUCUGGUCGAUUUAUGGAGACCAUAGGAUUCCAGAGUAUCAACGGCUUGUCAACGAAUGAUUUCGAACGGCAAAGAACCCCAACCUUCUCCAGACGCUAUAUUGACAACAACUUGUACUCUUUCUAUCACCAUUCGGGACACAAUGCAAGCACCUUUCAUUCUAAGAAAGGUCGGCAUGUAUCCAAACUUAUACAAAAGUCAAGGUCUGCUCUUGACCUCGAUCACGUGUACGGAUGUGCCACCGAUGACCUUUGGAUGAGCCGAAGCCCGUACCCAAGCAACUCUAGUAUUUUCAGCUGGCUCGAAGAGCAAGUCCUGCCGGUGAUUGCCAAUGAGACCUCGCGCAGUCACAAGGCGCGCUUCGUGCUCCUGAACACAGGAGCCAUUCGAUUCGACAUUUUCAAAGGUCCAUUCACCAGAGAUUCAACCUUCAUUGUUUCUCCGUUCACAAGCUCGUUGCGAGUCUUACCGGACGUGCCGUAUGGAAAAGCCAAACAGCUCAUCAAGAUUCUCAAUUCAGCUGGCCAGAUCUUUUCGCAGGUCACGGACAAAAAGCUCGAUCUUCGCGACCUUGCUCCUGCUAGCCAGCACACCGUUGACUCGACCAGCGAUUCGACUAGAGCCUCGCAGAUCGUCCAGUCGAACGAGGUACAACGCGUUCUUAUUGGGCAUGCUGACACUAGUGCUUUGACAUCCUCCGUCACGCUUCAGCCUGGUUACACCACAAGCGAUGACGCCGGCAAGGACGGCGAUGACACUAUCCAUUCGACAAUCGACUUUUAUCGCGUGCCAAAUGUUAUCCAAAGCUUUGUUAACAGCACCAGCAACCCUCUUUCUGACGAGGACACAGUGGAUGUUGUCUUCAACGAGUUCAUCCAGCCUUAUCUGCUGCUAGCACUCCGCUUCGUGGGCCAAAUUUAUGAGGACGGUGAUACCAAGACCUACCUGAAGGGCACGAGUUUUACAAAGCUACUAUCGGAGUGGAUAGUGGAUAACUGGGGGAAGAACUGCUGA